GUGGGUACCACAUUUAAAACCGGGUCGACAGGCGUUCAACCCGCUGACAUUUUCGUCCCUUGAUCCGAAACACAUGCUUGGCUGAACCAAAACAUUGCUGAAGGCAGGCAGUGCGACUAUCAUCUCACCAAGAUCUCUUCGCUGUGAUUCUAUUCGCGAUGGCUGACGAAGAACCUGUUGAUCAGAAGAGAUAUUACGAGGACUCUUGCAAGCCAAAGUGUGUGAAACCAUUAAUUGAAUAUCAGGCAUGCAUUAAAAGAAUCGAAGGUGAUGAUUCUGGGCACAAACACUGCACUGGGCAGUAUUUUGAUUAUUGGUCAUGUGUUGACAGAUGCGCUGCACCAAAGCUAUUCUCCAAACUGAAGUAAGAGGAGAGAUUUUGGUGGUAUAUGAUCAUUAUCCUCUCAUAUUUUUCAUUCCCGAAUAACUGCUUAUAGACACCUGAUUUUGAACUCAAACUAUACGCCUGUAUGGUUUUCAAUGCAGUUCCUACAAAAUUUUAAAAACAGUGUAACCUGGGAUCUUGAUUAAUAAAAUCCUGUCAAACUGUAUCUCGAGAGUUUAAAUUUGGGAUGUAAGAUCUAACAUUGAGGUUCUAGUACUGAUGAUUCUGACCUUUUGAGUAAGAGGGUUUGUUGUAAUAUGGAAGUUUUGAAUGGUGGGUUGAAGGGUGUGUUUUUGAGUUCCUA